AUGUCGCGGCUAGCGGUGUGCAAAAAAUGGCGGCGGCGCGGCAGAAAAAACGUUGACAUUCUUUCGAACAGAUUUUUGGGAUUUACACUCGCUUCCUUGUUUUUUUUUGGCGUUUUAACAGAUAAAGUCGGUCCAGAACUGAUUUUUGAAGACUUGUUUGAAAAAAAAAAUGUUAAAAUAUGAGAAAUAAGCUCUUUUGGAUCUUUUUCAGGAAACAUUUGGGCUCAAUCUGGAUUCUACUUUUUUUAAUCCGAAUUUUUCAUAAAUCUUCUACCCGAAAGAAAUCGUCUAUGGUCCCUCAUUUUGACAUCAUUUUGAGCUUUUUCCUCACUAUUUUCCGACCUAAAACUAUUUUGGCCCUUUUUUCAGGCCUGCUGCAACAUCAAGAUCAAGCCGUACAGAGGUUUGACCUACAAGGCGGUGAAGCUUCAGCAGCCGACCAGUCAGAUCAUAAUCAGGUGAAAAUUUCAGAAAUCACUUCAUUAGCCACAAUUUGAAACUGUCUGAUGUGUCUGGGCUCUCUUUUCUCACAGCUGCGAGGUCAGAGAAACGUGAAAAUAGCAUUUUUCAAGAGAAAAAGAGAGAGAAUAGCAUUUUUCAAGAGAAAAAGGGAGCUCAGGCAAGCUAGACAACUUCAAGUCAUGAAGAAUGGAGAACAUCAACUUUGAAGGCAUAUUUCAAGAACCAAAAUGGGCAUGGCAAAAAUAUAUAAUAACUUCAGAUCAAAUACAAAAUUUAAGAAAUAUGUGUAUUUAGCCACACAAUUUAUGUCAACUCGUCGGGACGUUUGAAUAAAAUGUUUGGACCUGAAGAACAUACGGUAUUCCUCCUGAUGAAAUCUUAGAACUAUCGAAUUCCAUUUCGGGUGAUCCUGAACAAAGGACGAGAACAACUGGAGCUGAACGAACGGAAUCGGAUUUUGUUGACGAUGAGAGCAGGACCGCCGCUUCAACAGCUGCCCCAUGGGAUGUACUACUUCCCUGAAGGUUCAUCAAUGUCUGAAACGACAUGUAGUUAUCGAUUUUCUAGGAACUGAUGAUCUGCGAGAGGCCAAGAUCAACGAGGUCAAUGAGGCUUAUCUGGAGAAACUCGGCUGGUACAAGAAAAUCAACGGCCAGUGGAAUGUCAAUGGCAACGGCCUGCCGCUGAGGAACGCCUAUGUGAGUUGGAGGACAAAUUCAAUUAACUGGAUUUUCAGAAUAUAUUGUUCCGCUUGUAAUUUUGAUUCUGGAUCUUAUAGAAGAUCAAAGUCGAGUAUACAGAAAACCUCGGAAAAAGGUCUAUAGAAGCCAUUUGAGUCCUUCAGUCUCAAUAAGUACUUCUAAAUUACAUAGAGUGUCGAAAUCGACUCGUUGAGCUUUUUGAGUAAAAAAUCGAUUACUUUUUCGAAUAAAAGCUCUACAAGCUCCUUAUAUCACAGAAUCGUUGAAUGACUUGUCUAGCUUCAAAAAUAAUAAAAAAGGCUUGACGUGACAAUUGGCAACCUUUUUUUCAGUGAAGUGAUAAGGUGAGUCACUUGAGGGAUAUCUCAGCUUAUUCCCUCAAGUGCCCACUUGAACAUCUCUGAAGCAUCACAAAACGUUUCUGAAGGCUGUCAUGAAAAGUCUAUACAAAAAUUCGUUUCUGCAAGUAAUCCCGCGCUUUUGAGAAACCUGUUGACACCUAGAGUGGUCACUCGGGUCUUCACUUUAGAGGCUCUUUAAAAAUUACUGAAUCAUCGGGAAAAGUUGCAGAAAGUUGUCAUGAAAAGUUGCAAAGGCCAAUUGCACCAAGAUCAGUUCAUCGGCGCCACCAACUAUGUUCUCCGUGGCAAGGAGUAUUUCGACGACUACGGUAUUUUCUGUAACCCUUUUCACUUUGAACUGGGAAUUCCAGCCGAACGACCCGUUGUCGAUUUUUCCUACGUGAAAAACGUGAAAAUUGAGCCGAGAGAAGUCAAAGUGAUCCACCAGCACGGGACGGCGGCUUCGGUUGGUUUCCGGAGCGUUUUUUGAAAACAAGCAGAAAAAGUUGACGUUUUACGAGCCUAGUUAGAAUUAUCAAAGAAGAGGGCAUGAAAAGGACGAAAAUUAUGAAAAUGAAAAUUUAUUUAAAAAAAUAAGAAGUUUCACUUUUAGUUAGGCUUUUGAAAUUUGAUUUUUAGGCUUACAAUCAAUUGAGUAGCCACUUUAGAAGUCCUGUGUUCUCUAACUUUUCAACCAGAGCGUCUAACGAUUGGCCGAUUAUGUUUUUUUUAAAAGCCAGAAAAUAUUCCCAAGAAAGACACAAAGUGGUCACUUAAGAGGUCGAAUUUGACGCUUUUCAAUUUUCGAAAUUUACAGCUUUGAACAAUUUUUACUGUUCCGAUUCAUUCUUGAACUCAUCCCUCGAGUAGCGUUUCUCUAAAAAAUGUUUCUUAGAAUAUUCAAGAAACUAUAGCUUGGUUUUCAGAUGUAUGUGAAGACGGACACACGACCGAACGUCGCGAAAAGCCGCUCGAUGUUGGCCAACUUCACCGGGAUCAUCUCGUUGGAUCACACCGGCAACCGCAUGUUCAACGCCACCUUUUUUUGUGAGUUUUCUAGGAACAAAAAGUAG